CAAUUAGGUUAACUUUUUGACUCAUUGUUCAACAAUGAUUGUUGAUGCAUUCAAAUUUUGUUUCCAUCUAUAGAUGGCGGCACUAUUCAUGUACUUUGUUGGGUAACAAAUUGAUCUUAUUGGUUGAUUCGUAAAAAUCACCUUGGCAACAAUUUUAAAAAUUUUGUGAAAAUCAUUUUUCAAUCAACUAACCAAAUUUGGCUGAUAUUUACUUCGGCCUGUUCUUAAUUAAUCAAAGUGACCUUAUCUAAUAUCUUGAUCGACGUAAUUUAAAUUAUUGAACAUCUACUCCAAUUUUCACUUCUAAUCACUCAACUUAUUUCACAGUUUUCCAUAACUUUUUUAAGUGUAUAUGUAUCUGUUUUAACCACUUCUCAUUUUUAUCAUCCUUUUUUUUACUUAACGGAUCUUAAUCAAAUAAUUAUCAAUGGCUUCAUCCUCAAAUGAUGAAAAUUGUGUUAAACAAUGGAAAUUGGAAGAUUUUCAAGUGGGUCGACCGUUGGGAAAGGGUAAAUUUGGUAAUGUUUACCUUGCUCGAGAAAAGCGUAGUAAAUAUGUUGUUGCACUCAAAGUUUUGUUCAAGUCUCAAUUAAUCUCAAACAAUGUUCAGCAUCAGCUGCGUCGGGAGAUAGAAAUCCAGUCACAUCUUCGUCAUCCCAAUAUUUUACGUCUUUUUGGAUAUUUUCAUGAUAAUACAAGAAUUUACCUAAUUUUGGAGUAUGCACCUCAAGGAGAGCUUUACAAGAAACUUCAGAAACUUAAAUUUUUCUCAAAUGAACUUGCUGCUCAGUAUAUAUAUCAAAUGAUUGACGCUCUCAAGUAUUGCCACUCAAAGAAAGUUAUACAUCGUGAUAUCAAACCGGAAAAUAUUUUACUCGGGUACUAUGGUGAACUUAAGAUUGCUGACUUUGGUUGGUCAGUUCACGCACCGUCUUCUCGAAGAGCAACAAUGUGCGGUACUCUUGAUUAUUUACCUCCUGAAAUGGUUGCUCAUGAUGCAUAUAGUGACAAAGUUGAUCAUUGGUGUCUUGGUGUACUUACUUAUGAAUUUUUGGUUGGCAAGCCACCUUUCGAAAAUGAAGAUGUCUCUAUGACCUAUAAAGCUAUUCUUAAUGUUCAAUAUACUUUCCCAUCUCAUGUUCAUGAAUUAGCCCGUGAUUUUAUCUCUUCAUUUUUGAAGAAAAAUCCGGACCACAGAAUGUCUUUGGAAGACGCACAUCGUCACAAUUGGAUUACAACUUUUCGUGGAGAAUCAAAUAAUAAACACCUUGUGUAAUUCAAAGCUUAAACUUUUGAUUGAUUGAUUCACUUGAAAUGAAAUUAAAAUAACUGAGACAUUUUUUCAUUAUCAAA